CUCCCCGUCAUCGUCGUCGCCACCGCGCCCCACCCCAGGCCGCCCCGCGCCCCCCGCGCCCGAGCAGGUGCAAGAUGGACAAGACCAAAACAGGGGCCGCUGCGCGAACCCCAACUUCUCGUCCCCCCGGGCUUCAGACCCCCAGGCCUCCGGGGUCUCCUCGACCUCUCCCUCCAGUGACCAGCGCUGCUCUCCGGGUUCUGGGCGCUGCACGGGCCGCGGGCCGGGGGCCUCUGGCUGAGAACAAACUGGGGAGCCGAGGCCCAGCUCUCGGGGAGGCUGCACCCCGAGUGGGAUCGCCAGCGCGGAGUGUUGGGGCCAGUCCUCGGAGCGCAGCCUCCAGACCUCCCGCUGUUGGAAGAGGGGAGCGGCUGUCGGCUAAGAACUCCAGCCUGGGCUCUGCUACAAGUGGGGCGCGACCCAAUGUGUCUACCAGGCCAAGUUCUUUAGGACAGAAGGGCCCCCGGCCCCCCGCGGAGGAACCCGGGCCCAGAGGGAAAGUCGCUGAAGCUCUCAGACAAAGCGCCUCCAGUGCUGCGGCUCGGAGAGACGCCUCCGGGCCCUCCCCACACGCUCCCUCCCCAGCUCUCUCCCGUCCAUCCCGGACUGCUGCGGCUGCAGAGGCGAAUCUACCCCGGGCAGCACCCGGUGCCCGGCCCAGCAGGCUCCCGACUGAGGCGCCCAGGAAAUCUGUGAGCGGCACCCCUGAGCGCAGCAGCAGAGCUGAGCCGAGCCCCGCCUCCAAAAGGCGCCCCAAUGCCAGCGGGGGUCUCCAAAGGCCAGCUUCGCGCCCCUUGGGCUCCAGCGCCACCCCUCUGGCCUCCCCAGCGCGUUCUGGGACCUCGGCAGGUGCAGCACCCCGAGCUCUGGGGCAUCCGUCCCAGCCCAAAUCCAAAGGGCUGCCCGUUGUGCGCCCUCCGCAGGUGACACCCCCCAGGAAGGGCACCCCUUCUGCCAGGGGCCUUUCUCCGCCCCUGGCUGCACCCUCCCCGCCUGGGAGGAAGGUGCAGCUGUCACGGGCCCAUCCAGGCCCGGCUACGCCCCCGCCGGACGCGCUCCCGCCCUCCCCGCCCGCCACGCCCCCUUCCCAGGCCCUGCCCGCGCACGUAGCCACGCCCCUCCCGCUAGCCACGCCUCCUCCUCCCGCUCUUCCGGGUCUCCAGACCCUCCCCUCCCCGCCGGCCACGCCCCCUCUGCUAGCCCCGCCCACGCCCUUGGGGACCUCCCCCGAGGAGGAGGAGGAGGAGGAGGCCUCCUCUGCUCCUCUGUCCUCCCCCCACUUUCUGGCCCCAUUCACUCCAUCAGCUUCACCCCCUCCGCAGAGUAUGGCCCCCGCUCAAGUUUCUCCCCUCGUGUCCCCUCUUCCGCCUCUCCCCUCUCCCCUGGCUGCGCCUCCUCUGUCCGCCCUGCUGCCACCUGCCUCGUCUCUUCUUCAAGUCCCGCUUUCUCAGGCGGCCACGCUGCUAAACCCGCCCCCUGCCUUGGCCACGCCCCCUCCCCGCGCCCUCUCCCCUCUGACCACGCCCCAGACCGGAAGCCCUCCCGUUUCUUCCUUGGCCACGCCCCCUACACAGACCACACCCACCUCCUCGGCCACGCCUCCCCCGCAGGUCCCUUCUUUGGCCACGUUCCCGCCCUCUUUGGGGUUGACACCUUUCCCGCCUCCAGAGUCUCUGGCUCCCCUGGCCUCGCCUUCUCAGCAUGUCCCCCCUUCCUCUCUCUUGGCCACCACCCCUCCUCAGACGCCGUCUCCGCGGGCCCUGACCCCUCUGCAGGACUCCCCAUCCCUGCUGCCCCUGGCCCCUGAGCAGACUACUCCGUCGGUGGCCACGCCCCCUCUGCUGACCACGCCCCAUCCGCCGACCACGCCCCCGCGACAGGCCCCGCUCCCUCUGGACUUGCCCCCGUUGCAGGCUCCGCCCUCUCCGCCGCCCUCCCCCUCUCCGCAGGCCCCUCCCACCCCGCAGGGCCUGCCCCCUCUGCUGGUCUCUGUUUCUCGUCCCGUUUCACCCCAUCCUCCAGAUGCUCCGGCUCCCUUGGUCCUGCCACCGUCGACGCAGGCUCCACCUGUGUCUCCCUCCCUGUCUCCUCUCCGGGCGCACUCUCUUUCUCUGCCGUCGCCUUCCUCUCUUCUCACCCCGCUCCCACCGCAGACGCCGCCGCCUCCCUUGGCCUUGCCCCCUCUGCAGGCCCCGCUCUCCCCCAGGACCCCUCCGCAAUCUCCACGUGCUCUGGCGGGGUCCCCCACCUUUUUCGCGGCGACGCCCCACCCGCAGGCUCCACCUCCCUUGGCCUUGCCCCCUCUGCAGGGCCCGACUCCUCUCCUGGCCUCGGUCCCGCCUCCGCAGGGAACGCCGCCUUCUCGGCCCUUAUCCCCUUUGCUGGUGCCUUCUCCGGGCUCACCUCUGCAGGCGGCCCCGCUGUCUCCCAGGGCCAGGCUCGCUCCGCAGGCGCCGCCUCCUCUGGCCCUGGCCCCGCCCUCCUUGGUGACCACGCCCACGCAACCGGCCCCGCCUCCUUCGACUUUGCCCCCGCUUCAGGCCACGCCUUCUUUGACCACGCCCCACCCGCCUACCCUUCCCUCUUUGGCCAUGCCUCCUCACUCACAGGCUCCGCCCAUUCUUGCCUCGCCCGACACGCAGGCCACGCCCUCUCUAAACACGCCUCCCCCGCAGGCCUCGCCACCCAAUCCACUGUCUCCUUUUUCCACGACCACGCCCCGUCCACAGGCUCCUCCCAUUCUCACCGCACCCAACACGCAAGCCCCGCCCUCUCCGACCACGCCCACAGCGCAGGCCGCGCCUUCUCUGACCACGCCUCCUCCACAGGCCUCGCCACCCAAUCCACUGUCUCCUUUUCCCACGACCACGCCCCGUCCACAGGCUCCUCCCAUUCUCGCCACGCCCAACACACAAGCACCGCCCUCUCCGACCACGCCCAGAACACAGACCACGCCCCAUACGGCCACGCCCCACCCACCGGCCCCGCCGGCUCUGGUUUUGCCCCCUUUGCAGCCCUCGCCCUCUCCACCCGCCUCACCCCUGCUGCCAGCGCCCCGGCGGCCCCCGACCCCGGGCCCCGACGCCCCGAUCCCGGGCCCACCGCGGCUGACCCUGGCGCUGGCCCCGGUGCCGCCGCCGCCGUCGCGCAGCCCGUCCAGCACGCUGAGCGGUCCCGACCUGGCGGGCCACAGCAGCAGCGCCACCAGCACCCCCGAGGAGCUGCGCGGCUACGACAGCGGGCCCGAGGGUGGCGCCGGCGCCGCCUCCCCUCCGCCCGACGCCGAGCUGGCCGCCUGCCACCCGGCCGCCUGGAGCCGGGCUCCCGCGCCGCCGCUGGCCCUGCGCGGCAACGCCGGGGCGCCGCUGCCUUGGUCUCCGGCCGCGGGGUCGGGACCCGCCGACGGCCUCUGCACCAUCUACGAGGCGGACGGGCCCGAGUCGGCCACGGCCACCCCCGACACGCUGGACUCGGCCGAGUCCGGGUCGGGGGCCGGCGAGGGCGAGGGGAAGGCGGCGUCGGCCGCGGGCCCGGGGGCGGCGGCGCGGGUGGGGAAGCCGGCCCGGCUGGGCGAGCUGCCGCUGGGCGCGCUGCAGGCCAGCGUGGUGCAGCACCUGCUGAGCCGGACCCUGCUGCUCGCGGCGGCCGAGGGGGCGUCGUCGGGCGGCGGCGGCGGGGCCGGGGGCGCCGGGGGCGGCGGCGUGGCGGGAGGGGCCCGCACCGCGCUCAGCGACGCCGAACUGGGCCGCUGGGCCGAACUGCUGUCGCCCCUGGACGAGUCCCGCGCCAGCAUCACCUCGGUCACCAGCUUCUCGCCCGACGACGUGGCCUCCCCGCAGGGCGACUGGACCGUGGUGGAGGUGGAGACCUUCCACUGAGCCAGAACCUUUGCCCCGUCCUGAUGCCAGCCCCGGCCCUGGGCCUUAACGUCCGUCCGCCCCUUCGGUUAUUCCUUAAGACCCCCCCCCCCCAUUGCCCCUCCUUGUCCUUCUCCACCGCCUCUUCUGCUCUGGGAGUUUGGGGAAUCGCUUAGUCUCCCACCUUUGGGCCCCGAUCUUUUGACCUCGACUUGCCACCCAUCACCCACCUCUUUGCCCAGUUCCUCCCCUUGACCCAUAUCCGAUAUGCUUUGUCUGCCCCCGAGUUUGCAAUAAAAAUAA